GUGUCCAAGAGGAGCGCGGGAGCUGAGAAGUGGAGGGUCGGCUGCGUCCCGGGAAGGCCUCGCGCGGACCGUUCUGCGGCCGGUGCUCCUCGGGCUGCUUCCCGCGAGCGUCCAGCCCUCGCCACCCGCCAACCCGGAGUGCCUUCGCAGCCUGCCCAGGCCCGGGUUCCUGGUUUCAGAGAAGAUGACAGAGGAACUGGAUCUCUCGGGACAGGACUCUGAUGCGGGGAGUGAGGAGGUGGUCCUGACCCCUGCAGAGCUCAUUGACAGGCUGGAACAGGCCUGGAUGAAUGAAAAGUUUGCCCCUGAGCUGCUGGAAAACAAGUCGGAAAUCGUAGAAUGUGUCAUGGAGCAGCUGCAGCACAUGGAAGAAAAUCUCAGGAGGGCCAAGAAGGGGGACCUGAAGGUCAGCAUCCAUCAGAUGGAGAUGGAGAGGAUCCGCUUCGUCCUGAGCAGCUACCUGCGGUGUCGGCUCAUGAAGAUAGAGAAGUUUUUCCCUCACGUCCUUGAAAAGGAGAAAACACGCCGUGAGGGGGAGCCUUCCAGCCUUUCUCCGGAAGAGUUUGCCUUUGCCAGAGAGUACAUGGUUAACACAGAGACCUACCUAAAGAACGUUGCCUUAAAGCACAUGCCUCCUAAUUUACAGAAGGUGGACCUCUUGAGGGCAGAGGCCUGGUCUCCAAAUCCAUUCCCGUCCUGAAGUACUGGGGUUCGGGGCUUCGGCGUGUCGUCGUGGAGGGGACACCAGGAGCAAGCCCACCGCGUGCCGGGCUUGUGGAAUUCUGAACUGGUCGUUUUGGUGAACCUGCCUGAGGGACACAGGAGGCCCAGUCCGUGUCCAGUUCGGCCGCUGUCGUCUGCACUUAUGAGUGGGGCAAGGACCACGUCCCUGACCACUGCCCAGCACCACCUGUCGUAUCCAGUUGAGCCGGGUCCAGGCCGUUGCCCCAGAGCUGCUUCUACUUGAUGCUGGCUGACACCUCCUAACGCUCAUGUGUCGUUUGUCCUGGGUCCCUUCCAAGGACCAGAGCCGGGCGCCUAGGGCUGGCGCCCUCAUCAGAUCAGAGCCUUGCUCACUUAGCCCAGAUGCCCCCUGGAGCACGGAGACCACGAUGGCAGGGUCGUGGAAGGGCGUUGUAGCCUAACAUCCUUCGAGGGUUUCCUCAGAUCAGCAGCUGCCCAGUGGGCCCAGCUGACCCUGCUGAAGUUGGAGUCUCUGGCAGGCCCAGAACCCCCGAGCAGCCCAGGGGACCCUCCCCGGACCUUUGCGGUCAGUUACCGUGACCCCCUCCCGUAGACAGGGAACCGAAGGCAGCCCCACACCUGAGCUGGGCUCUGAACACUGAGUCGUCCGGUGGGUUCUCCGGACCCCGCAGGUGAUGGGGUCCUCUUGGCACAAACGGAGCCACAGGCAGGGAAGGGCUGGAGGAGCUGCCAGCGCGGGGCACUUCCUGGUGAGGUGCUGGCUGGUGGUAGAGAGGGAGGGGUGCUUACAGCGUGCAGCCCCUAUUCAUCACCCUGACGUUCAGGGCCAUCGCCGUGUGACCCAGUCUCCCUAACAUCCUGUCCUCCCACCCUUUAUACAGACAUACUUUCUGGCCCGAUUCACACAGUCUGUCCUCCUAAGACGUCAUGCGUGUUUCUCCCAUGACCCUCGCUCUUCCUCCCAGGCGCCCUGCAGAUCUUAAGUCCUCAUCACUUGUCAAAUGUGCGGGUGCCGUGUGAAACCUUGAGGGAAGUGUGCUGUUUCUAGAAGGAGCCAGAUCUCUCCUCAGAUCCCUGCCCCCAAGAUGCUUUUACAUCAGGGGUCCCUUUGUGCCUGAGGCAGUUAAUCCCAGCAGCUUCUCCAUCUCGAUCUUGUUAGCUGAGCAUUUUCUGAUCACACUGU